CCUCCUCCUGCCAUGGCAACUUCAAGAACCCGGAGCAGAAGAGGAGGGGGUGUGUGGGUGGAGCUGUAGUUUGAGGUCCAGGUGGUCGAGUCAGAGAGAGGAUCGCAUCAAACACUAGGAAGAAGUGAGCGUCAUUAGAAAAAACAACACAGCUCCUGGUACCUGUGUGUGAAUGAAUAAUCUGUUCCUAGAGAAAGCCUCCGGUACCUGCCGCUUCGGUGGUGCGUCACACAAAAAGGGACAAGACGGGAGCGCGCAGUCUUCAAGGUUUAACUUUGCGCCUUUUGUUUUUUUAACCAAAGAAGGAAACUUUCUCAGACAAGAGCAAGACGGCGGCUUGUUCCAGCGACAAGUGGAGCUAUGUUCAAGAAAAGCAAGAGUAAAGUGCUGGUGGAUUAUGCGUCAGAGGAGGACGACAUGUCCUGGCACUACCAUCACUCCUACAAGGACAAAGACAUAGAAGGAGAGGAAGAGGAGGAGGAAGCUGUGACUGCAGUAUCCAAGGAGGCCAAGGUGAAGAAGAUCAUGUCAAAGAAGGAGAGGAGGGAGAAGAAGAUGUUUUCCUCCAAAGAUGACGAGCACUUCUUGUUGACUGGGGUGAAUGUGGCCGACCGCAGAGGAUCUCACAAGAAAACCAAGGACGAUGAGAAGGAGAAGGAAAAGAAGGACAAACCAGAGAAGGGCCACUGUUUCUGGGAGAGCGUUACGAUGACCAUGAGGCAGAUCUCCCCUGCCAAAAAACUAGAGAAGAUGGAGGGCUGGGAGCCGCCUCAGCUGGUCAGCCCACCUGAGACUGUGACUGAAGAAACCCAAAAUGACAAUAGCGAGAAGGCAGACCUGCCGGUGUCCGUCUCUGACUCUUUAAACUUCCCAUUAGAAAUAGCUUCGUGGGGGGGACAGGGUCAGGAAGAGGACUCGUCCCGUUACGCUAACCUGACAGACUCCAAGGAUCCAGCAGCUUCGGCGAUCACGUGGACAGCCCGCGCCAAAGUCAAGCUGGCCGGCAUCAGCAGGAUGAGCAGAGGGAUUGUGUCAGAGGGUGCGUGGGAGGGGUUCAAGUAGUAGAGAUUUGACCUUUGAUGCCCUGUUCUUCCUUACCUUAUGAACAUCAACAAAGAGGAUGAAAACAUGAACUUUAUAUCUGGGUGUUUCUGCAGUUGAAACCAGUGCUGGAGAGGCUGAAGUUAAGCCCUUACCAAGACACAUGAAGAUUGUCUUUUAUUAUUUGUCCCAAGUCCUUGAAGGCAGCAUUUGUCUGUUUUAUUGACAGGCUUUUUGACACUUUUACAUCACUGACUUAAAGCCUUAAACUGCUGUGUCAUUUUAAGUGUGAUAUCCACUGGCCCUGCAUUGAAAUAUUUAAUAUUGCCAAUGAAUGAGGAGUGAGAUUGUGGUGUAAUUAUUAUUCUAAAGUAAGUGUGCAAACCAGCUACUGAAGACGUCAUGUCGGGUUUUUACUUCCCUCCUGUCAAUGCAGUCACAGAAUCUGCUCUGAAGCCUUAACUGAUACUACUUUAACGGGCUCCCCACAACUGAUGCAAACUUCUUGGAGUCUGAUUGUCAGCAUGUAUACGUAUACGAGUGAAAAAAUCUCCAAUGUUUCUGAAGAAAAGAAGUGACUCCACACCUGUGAAGUGCCUUAUAUCAGUAGAAUGACAUCAUGUGUUUGACUUGUAUAUUUGAAACAGACCAAAUCAUACUCUGAGCUCAGACUUGCUGUUCUCAUCACAGUCUAUGCUGGUGCAGGUGGGUCAACCCUCCUGCACCCAGCAUGCAGACACCUCCUGGUUUCCAGUUACAAACCAGUCGUUAUCAGCAUCACCAGCACAAACAGAAGACAAAGUGUUUACCUGCUACAUUCAAAAACACUGGUCAGUUCUUAAAUGCUGUUUGCAUAGCUGUUUAUUUUACUUGCAAUGUAAUUUCAUUUCUAUGAUUAUAUGAGUUUAUUUUGAGUGAAUGAGAAACUGUUAGUCUCUGCUUUACCGUCUUUGUUCAUGUCUGCUAACUGAAUUUGUUUGAAACCGCAGUCUGCCUCACUGCAGACAGCAGUGUACACAGAUGCACGUCAACUUCCAGGGACACAUUAUCUCAAGUUAAAUAAAGAUUUGGUCUUAAA